GUUCUGCGGGAGCCGGUUAAUAUCGCGGAAGAGAGAAGUAGCUUGCAAGGGAGGCCGACUUGACAAGGCUUAGUUCAGGCAGGCGACAAUGAUGAAUAGAUGGGAUAAUCGGGGGAGCGUAUGGGUGAAUAAGGGAAGGAGAAAAAGAUAGUGGAUUGAUGAAAUGCCCGGCUAGGAUAGUCCAAGCUCAGUUGGGACAAAUUGCAGAAGAUUCCGGGAUCAUGCGAAGCGCAAGAAACACCGGGAAGGAGUCAGAUAAAGAUAGGGACCAGGUGGAACAGUGGUGGAUGAUGAGAUCGGUAUCGACAGCGGUAGGCUGUAGCAGCAGACCAGCACGCAACGCAGGCCCCUCCUCCAGUGCGAAGGCUCAGGGAACGGAGGGAGCAGAUUUGCCCGUGGGUGUUGCAGGACCAAGCAGCAGGAGCAACGAUGGCGCUAGUUCAGCAGCGGUGCAGAAGGAGAGGAAUGGGUUUGAGCUAGCGCGAGGCAGAUGGAGCCACUACCAAACUAGCAAAUGUGUAGCAGCCAGCAGGAGGGAAGAGGGCAAUGGGGGGGGAGGGCAGGCAGGGCCAAUGCCAGAGGCAGCGUCAAGGUCCGGAAGGGUCAAUCAAGAAGGGGGUGUGGAAGAAGACGACGACGAGUGGAGCCGGCCAGAGCACGAUGGCCUGACCUUUUUUUGAUGACGAUGGAAUGGGACGACGAGUAGAAAGGCU